UUUUAGAAAUACACUGAUCUCACACUAAAACAAAAUACCUACCAUGUGUCAGUCCCUGAGCGUAGCAUGAAGAGUUCUGAUAGUUCACUUCUGAACUUUCCUUCGGAAACUGGGGAUUGACACCGGGUUUAGGAGACUCCCUUUGCAGCUCGGAGUCCGAAGCAAGAAAGGUUGCAAAAAGGAUGAGGCAAGGCAGGCAGCAACCCGGGAACCUGGCCAGAGCCGAGAGCGCUUGGCCGGGAGACACUGCGCCUGCGCGAGUCGCGCGCGGAUUGGGAGGGGGCGGAGCCUAGGGCGGCCAGUGCGCCUGCGCACCUCUCGCGGCGAAGUGGGGGAGGGCGGCCCGUGUGUGUCUGUGUUGUUGUUCCGCGGUGGCGGCGGCGGCGGCGGCGGUAAGAUGGCUGCCCACGGGGGCUCCGCGGCGUCGUCGGCGCUGAAGGGGUUAAUUCAGCAGUUCAUGGCUAUCACCGGUGCAAGUGAAAGUGUAGGAAAACAUAUGCUUGAAGCUUGCAACAAUAAUCUGGAGAUGGCAGUCACUAUGUUUUUGGAUGGUGGAGGAAUUGCUGAAGAGCCCAGUACCAGUUCAGCAAGUGUCUCUACUGUCAGACCACACACAGAAGAAGAAGUACGUGCCCCAAUUCCUCAAAAGCAAGAAAUAUUGGUGGAACCCGAACCUUUGUUUGGUGCCCCUAAAAGACGGCGGCCUGCACGGUCAAUAUUUGAUGGCUUCCGAGAUUUUCAAACUGAAACUAUAAGGCAAGAGCAGGAAUUAAGAAAUGGAGGAGCAAUAGAUAAGAAACUAACUACUCUUGCAGAUCUAUUCCGGCCACCCAUUGAUUUGAUGCACAAAGGCAGCUUUGAAACAGCCAAAGAGUGCGGCCAGAUGCAGAAUAAGUGGCUGAUGAUAAACAUUCAAAACGUACAAGACUUUGCAUGCCAGUGCCUCAACCGUGAUGUGUGGAGCAAUGAAGCUGUGAAGAAUAUUAUCCGCGAACAUUUCAUUUUCUGGCAGGUUUAUCAUGACAGUGAAGAAGGUCAGAGAUACAUACAGUUUUAUAAACUAGGGGAUUUUCCCUAUGUUUCCAUCCUGGACCCUCGGACAGGUCAGAAGCUAGUAGAGUGGCACCAAUUAGAUGUAUCAUCUUUCUUGGACCAAGUAACAGGAUUUCUGGGUGAACAUGGGCAACUGGAUGGACUUUCUAGCAGCCCCCCCAAAAAAUGUGCCCGAUCAGAGAGCCUUAUAGAUGCAAGUGAAGACAGCCAGCUAGAAGCCGCCAUCAGAGCCUCCUUGCAAGAGACACAUUUUGAUUCAACACAGACAAAGCAGGAUAGCCGUUCAGAUGAAGAAUCUGAAUCUGAACUUUUUUCUGGCAGCGAGGAGUUCAUUUCUGUUUGUGGUUCAGAUGAAGAAGAAGAGGUAGAGAAUCUUUCUAAGUCCAGAAAGUCUCCUCACAAAGAUUUGGGGCAUAGAAAAGAGGAGAACAGAAGGCCACUGACUGAGACUUCAGCCAGAACUGAGCCUGGGACAGCCACAAACCAUCAAGGAUUGCCAGCUAUGGAUCCCGAGAUCUUGGAGCUAUCACCUGAAAAGUCAGAUGGAGUAGUGGAGGGGAUAGAUGUAAAUGGACCAAAAGCACAGCUGAUGUUGCGGUACCCAGAUGGAAAAAGGGAACAGAUCACUCUUCCAGAACAAGCUAAACUGCUAGCUUUGGUGAAACAUGUGCAGUCCAAAGGAUAUCCAAAUGAACGUUUUGAACUUCUCACCAAUUUCCCUCGAAGGAAGCUCUCUCACCUGGACUAUGACAUUACCUUACAAGAGGCUGGCCUUUGUCCUCAAGAGACUGUCUUUGUACAGGAGAGAAAUUAACACCAUGCCUGACCUCUCUCAGCUUACCCCGUCCCCUUUUCCUGUGAGAUACUAUGUCACUAAGUAUGCAUUUUGGCUCAUAGGACUAUAGAGCCAAAGCAGGGCAAGCAAGUCACCUGCCUUCUCUUUUGUUUCUUGCUCUCAUCUGUGAUCAGUCUCUAUACCUUCUCCUGCUCUCCCUUCUUUCCUCUCAUUUUCUCACUUGUUUCUUUCUUACCUAAUGUGGUGACCAAAUGGAAGGAUAAGGAUAAGAUCUUUCCUAGCACUGGUAGCAGGAAGUAUGCUCAUUAGACAUCUCUUGAUGGCACUUUUGGGAUCCAGUGAUGUUACUCCUCAGACUUCUACAAAAAAAAUGGCUAGAUUCAGAGUGAAAAACAACCCCUCUUUUUAUAAGUUCCCAUUUUUGGUAGGGAGAAGAAAUUAUUUUAACAUACAUUUUGUUAUUCUUGUAGGAAGAUCUCAGAACAAGAUAUCCAGGUUUUGUUCAUGUGGAAAAGGCAUUCUUUAUACUGUUGCUCAUCAUAUUUAAAAAUUUCCCAAAGGAUUCCUAGCUUCUAGUUACAAGAGUGAUUUCCAUGAUGUGUGUUCUUGGCAGAAUGAGUGCUCAGUAUAGUAUAUGUAGCACAGGGUGGCUUUCUAUGUCCUAGCCUGAGACAAUUUCCUUUAUUAUUAUGCUAUUAAUUACAUUCAUCUCUCUAGUCUUAGGAUAGAUCUCUAGUGAGCAUAUUAUAACUAGGCUAGGAAGGUGCUUGCUGUUUGGCCUGCGCAGUAUAUUAGUUCCUUUGACUCCAUUGUCAGUCCAUAGUGAUCUGUAGGGAGGCAGGUGUUUAAUAAUCAUUGCAGUACAAUGCUUGUAAUUGUAACCACUGUGCUUAUUGUUUGUCCUAUGUGCUUAAGGCAUACUUAUGUAUGUCCUGGGGGAGGAGAAAAACCUGCGGCUGAGAGUUGCUAGCCAUGCUCUUUUGGUUAAAAAUAGUGAUUCGGUUUUUUACCCCUGGUUGGAAUAAUCUCUAAAAUACUCUGGUGACUGAUUGACUUUAAAUCCUCGUACUGUUUUAUUUUGGAAAAUAUCAAAACUGAAAGUCUCUGAGACUUAAACUCAGUUCAUAAGACAAAGUUAGUAAAGGGAUUAUGGAGAUUACCAGUAACAGUCAGAGGUUGUGAGUUUUUUCUGCCAACAAAAGCCACAUUCAAAUUGUAUUUGGUGACAGCUUUCUUCAGUGUUAUUUAGAAGAGAGCAUCUUGAAUCUGUGUAAUCCUGUUUACUUACCAGCUUCACUGUGUGCUCAACUCUUCCCUUGAACUUUAAAUAGGGUCCUCUUAACAGGGCAGUAGUGAUUUGGUGGCAAAAUCAGAACUUUAAAAUGGUUAUAAAACCAUUAAUAUAGAAUCACCUAUUUUGUCAGUUGGUGUUUAAGAUUGAUUGUUUUACUUGAGGAACAUAAAUUACUAUUGCUCAGAGACCUUUGGGUUCCCGUGUACUUGAAGAUUUCUUUCUUGUCAACUAGGGGAUUAAAGAGAGAAACUUAAAAAGAUGUGUGUUGCUAGUACCCAACUAUAGAAUAUGGUUGCUAAUGGUUGGAUUUUGAGGGGCCUUCCCUAAAGAAUGGGUUAUGUAUCUCUUCAAGGAAAUCGUGGGAAAUUCUGUUAUUCUUCAGUGAGUCCUUUUGAAUUAAUGUUCUCACAUUUUUUUCUAAGUCUGUGUAAGUGCUUAUGUAUAAGUAUAUAAUUGUAUAAAUAUUUAUAAAUAUAUUUAUAUAAUUACAAUUUCAUUUAUACCUUGAGUCAAAGUUCUCUCUUUAGAUUGGUGACUGAACAAUACCACUUUGAAGGCUUAGCUAGCAUCUGAUAGAUUGAGUAAACAUGUUAAUUCCUCUGUUCUGUCUCUCAACUUGGAUUAAAAAAACUUACUGUCUGAGGAAUAGAGCUGUACACCCUCAAAGGUACAGUGGAAGGUAAAAAUCACUUGGUAAUAGUCAAGGUCAGAAGUCUAAAACUAUAGGGAGACACAGAGUAAGAAGCGAGGGAGUGCUCAGCUUUGCUGUGCUGGCACCCAUCUCCACUCCCAGCACAGGCCCAGCUAAAACCCAAAUCAAUCAGAAAUACAAAGUCAAAAGUUUUCCCCUUUAGGACUCUUUCCCCCUCUUGCCCUACUAGGUUUUCUUCAUGUAAUAAAACUACCUUGAGAACCUGAUGCAGGGUGUUCAUAGAUGAGAGGAUAUAGGAUGUGUGUAGUUCUUUUUGAUAUGCUCAGCACUGGCAAAUCCAUUAUGAGAAACCAAAGUGACUUUUUCAACUCGAGUUACUAUAAGAUAACCAAGUAUCUGUAUGAGUUAAGAGACAGGGCACUAUACAUUUUUCAGACUUAAAUACAGUCAGGAUGAUGAGAGUACAAGAUGUAGAGGAUUUUACUUUAUUCUGAACAGGAGUGUGGUUAUCAGUGUCAGUAAGGGAGGCCCGGGAGGAAGAGUUAUGGCUCGUACAUGAGAGAAACAGGAGUGUUGCCUUGCUUUCAAGGGAGUUUUCAUUGGACAGAUUAAAUGACGCCAGUGAGGUUAGUUCAAAAUAGUUAUUCCCUAUAUGUAGUAGAAACAGCUUGAAAGUUUAAAAAGUAAUCAGCAAAUGAUAAAAGAACACCUCGAGAGUGACCAAUACAGAAAGGGAAUGAAAACUAGUGAAAAUAGCCAGGUGUGGUGGUGCAUGCCUUUAGUCCCUGCACUUGGAAGGCAGAAGCAGGUGGAUCUCUGUGAAUUCAAGGCUAGCUGGGCUCCAGCGAGA